AAGAAGAAGACUGAGCCUCACCAUGGCGGAGCCAGAGCAGCAGUCAGGUUCCACUCCUGAGGAUGAUGCAGCUGAAGCCACAGACAGCAUCACCUUCAUGGUGCCUAAGAAAGAAAUCAGCAUGGUGCCUGACAUGGGCAAGUGGAAGCGAUCUCAGGCGUAUGCUGACUACAUGGGCUUCGUUCUGACGCUGAAUGAAGGUGUGAAAGGAAAGAAACUCACCUGUGAAUAUAAAGUGUCAGAGACAAUAGAGAAGUUACUAGAUCUUUUGGGGACUCUGGACCGAUGGAUAAACGAGACCCCUCCUGUUGACCAGCCGUCACGCUUCGGUAAUAAGGCCUACAGAACCUGGUACUCCAAACUAGACCAGGAAGCGGAGGCCUUGGUGUCAGCAGUGCUCCCUGCUGACAGAUGUGCUGCAGCUGCAGAGAUCGCUGUCUAUCUGAAAGAAUCUGUGGGGAACGCCACGAGGAUAGACUAUGGAACAGGGCAUGAAGCUGCUUUUGCUGCUUUCCUCUGCUGCCUCUGCAAGGUCGGAGCUCUCAGGGUAGACGAUCAGCUGGCCAUCGUUUUUUUGGUUUUUAACAGGUAUCUGGAAGUGAUGCGGAAGCUGCAGAAGACCUACAGGAUGGAGCCGGCUGGGAGCCAAGGUGUGUGGGGACUGGACGACUUCCAGUUCCUGCCCUUCAUCUGGGGAAGCUCCCAGUUUGUAGAUCACCCGACACUGGAGCCUCGGCACUUCAUCGACGAGAGGGUGGUGAACGAGCAUCACCAUGACUACAUGUUCCUGGAGUGCAUCAAGUUCAUAAAUGAGAUGAAGACCGGUCCGUUUGCGGAGCACUCUAACCAGCUGUGGAACAUCAGUGCUGUCCCAUCCUGGUCCAAAGUCAAUCAGGGCCUGAUCAGAAUGUACAAGGCUGAGUGUUUGGAGAAGUUCCCUGUGAUUCAGCACUUUAAAUUCGGCAGCCUGCUGUCCAUCCAGCCGGGGAAGCCUUGACACUGACGCCACGCACACGAUGGAAAGACCAAAAUCCCAACAGUGUUCCCUUCCUUUGGCAUCCUCACAUGCAAAUACAACAGUAGCAGAAAACCAACCACAUGUAGUUCGACACACGCAUUCCCACAUGUGCACGCAUGUGGUCGUGAAGCUUGUAGGCCAUCUAUCAUUUUAAUGCAGAGCCUGUUGUGGAUGACCUUUGUGAUUUUGGAGCAUCUUUAUAUUUUUGUUAUUUUAUUUAUAUAAUGGAUAGAGGUUGAACCCGGCUCCUUUUUUGAGGGAGGUUUUUUGUUUUGUUUUUUUUUGCUCACUGAUGCUUGAAUUUACCUCAAAGUGGAUCCUCAUGAGCAGUAGACUCCUUCAGAGAGUGAGGUGAUGCAUAUAUGACUUCUUCUCUUCAGAACCUUUUGUUAUAGUUUCUUCUUCAGUUUUAGGUAUUUUCUUGGUUCUGCUUAAAGCCAAAUGUUUUAUUUUUGCUGCCUAUAUACCAAUAUUUUAAUUGCCCCAGUUCAUCCAAACAUGCAAGUCACAUUAAUAAUUUGCUAAGAAAUAACUGUGUGGUUUUUUUUUCUUAAAUAAAAUGUCAUAUACCCCUUUUCGACCAAAGCAGUUUCAGGGCCAGUUCGGAGCCAGUGCUGGUGUGGUUCGCAGUUGGUUCACCUUGAAACCAGCUCUGAAUCUGUUUGGUUUUCUAGAGCCACGUCAUUACAUCACUGCUAACGUCUGUAUAUGUCUCUGCCCUCUCUGCAAGUAUAAUAACAAGAGACUACAUGUCUCUACAACACAUCUGUGCUGCUAAACUUGAUCACCAUGGGAAUACAUUCUUAUUAACACUGAACGUAAGAUGUUAAUGUUGGACUUUGUUGUAAGCUAAUGAUAGACCGCUAACGUAAGCAUGCUAAACAGUUCUGUGCUAAAAAAUCUAUUUAAUGAAUGAUAAACGUUUUAGUUGGUCUCUCUCAAUGGCACGAGUUGGUCUUGGUCUUGCUAGCCCGCUAACUUUAGCACGCUAUCGAUCGCCGGCUAACUUUAGCUAACCGGUUGGCCUCCCGCCUCUUCUGUGUGGAGUUUGCAUGUUCUCCCUGUGUCAGUGUGGGUUCUUUCCGGGUACCCCGGCUUCCACCUACAGUCCACAGUUUUAGUUGUUCUCUCUCAAUGGCAUGAGUUGGUCUUGGUCUUGCUAGCCUGCUAACGUUAGCACGCUAGCAUUUAUUUGAUUUGUUUAACUGCAAUGUGAUUGAUAGGGGCCAGUGGGCCUAUGUUAGCGGGCUAGCGUUAGCUUAUAACAAAGUCCAACAUUAAUCAAAAUGAACAGCACAGAUGUGUUGUAGAGACUACAUGUCUCUACAACACAUCUGUGCUGCUCAUUUUGAUCACUAUGGACACCCAAAAGGUUCAGAGGAAAAGGUAGUGGAAAAGGUUCAGAGCUGGUUCACAAGUUGAACCAACUGCGAACCAGCACUAUCACUGGCUUCAAACCAGCCGGGCACCAGCUCCCAACCUGGUCGAAAAACCCUAUUUGACAUUUCAAUGUCUUGCUCAGAGGGGAAAAAUAAAGUAUUACAUUUUUUAAGCUUCCACAAUCGCUCAUCAAUGGAAUGUACAGAAUUUAAAUCACUAUAAUUUCUUAAAAAGUCACCUAAGGUAUUAAUGUCCGCAUGAAAUAUUUUCUUUUCCUCCGUCUGUUUCCCUUUAGUUUAAUUUUUGGUUCAGUUAUUGUAUUCAUUGUAAAUUGACAGACCAUACUUGAGUAAAUUCUUGUGGUUGUGUGCUGUGCAGCUUUUUCCUUAAAAUUCUCAACCAAGGUAAAAUAUUGUGGUUUUUUACCCAUGUUGUUACAUUCUGCAUGUGUUCAAAUUGGCACAUUUUAAAGAUCAAAGCUAUUUUUGUGUGAUUACAUUGAUCAAACCUGAUUUAAUAAAUUUCUCAGUUUUCUCAUCUUUUA